AACACGAAGCUGAGGGCUACUUAAAUUUAAAACACGGAUCGAACAUCAGAUUAUCCGGAAGUUUGUGUCCGAAGCAGACGAAAAAGAAAAGGCAAAAUAUCCGAUGAAAGUAUUUGUUGAGUAUUAUGUGUGAUGGAUUGAUACCAAUUGGAGUGUUCUGGGAUAUAGAGAAUAUAAGUAUACCAAAGAAGAAGUCUGCUUUUCGCAUUGUACAGACAAUUAGACAUAAAUUCUUUGAUGGACACAAGGAGGCUGAGUUUGUGUGUGUGUGUGAUACAGUUAAAGAGAGGAAAGAUGUUAUACAAGAAUUAAAUGCUGCUCAGGUGACGGUUGUGCAUGUAAAUUCUACGAGCAAGAAUGCUGCUGAUGACAAGUUAAGACAAAGUCUUAGAAGAUUUGCAGAUGUUUAUUCAAGUCCAGCAACAGUUUUACUUUUGUCUAGUGAUGUGAAUUUUUCCUCAGAUUUGUCAGAUUUAAGACACAGGAAGAAUUUAAAUGUUAUAUUAGUACACAAUAAAGAAGUGCACAAAUCCCUAACAGCAUGUGCCAACAGAACUGUCCUAUAUGAUGACCUUACCAGGGAGAUGCAGCAGUGUGAGAAAUCUGUUGACUUGAAAAAUGAACCUACUGAUUUAGAAAUCAGAGGAUAUGGUCCAAAUAUACGCAAGAAGAGAUUACAGAAUCGGUUUAAACAGCUAUCAACUAAUUGUGGUGGGAAAGUGAUUUGUGUGAAGGAAGAUGUUUCUGUUGUUAGAUUUCAAAGUUACACUGAUGCAAACAGAGCAAGAAACAGAAUGGAAGGUGAAAAUGUUUUUGGAAAUAAGAUAAAGGUUGAAAUCUCAUCUAGAUCUCCACAAAAAUCAGAUAAACAACAGGGCAAUAAAGGUUUCAAAAGACCAAAAGAUACAAUUGCACAAUCACAGUCAUGGACAGACACAAACCAACAAAAUAAUGGUAAACUUGGUUCAGAUAUACCAAAUGAUCCAAAGCAGGAUAUUAAAAAAUCUACCUUACCUCAAAACAAAAGUCCUCCUGGGAAAUCACUUUAUACCAGAAAUUUAACGCCUACAACUACCGGUAAUGGUAAAUCAAACAGUAAUAGAACACCCACUCCACCAGGAAGCUACACAAGGAAUCCAUACUACCAGUCAUUUUAUAAUAAUCCUGCCAGCAUGUAUGCAAAGACACUGGAAAGUUUCAGUUCAAAACCAUUUUCAUCGACUCGGAACAACAUUGAAAAUAAAAACUUAGACCAGCAGAAAAGCAAUACUCCAGCCAUUCAGAUUCUUACUAAUAAUAACAGACAAAGGAAAACAAAUGAUAAAGAAAAUAGUAACGGUACUAGUCCAAAGUUAGAGAAAAAUAUCAAUCCUAUAGCUCAGAAAAAUAUCAGUCCUGUAGCUCAGAAGAAUAUUAGUCCUGUAGCUCAGAAGAAUAUUAAUCCUGGAGCUCAGAAAAAUACUAGUCCUAUAGCUCAGAAAAAUAACAGUCCUACAGUCAAGAUAAAAUAUGCAAGUCCUACUUCUCAUGGAAGUACCAGUCCAAUUUUACAGAAAAAUACAAGUCCAAAUGCUAUGAGGAGAUCAGUGCAGAAUGUAACUAAUGAUAACAGACAGGCAACCAGCCAUUUAUACAAUGAAAAGAAACCAAGUGAUAAUGAAGCGAGUCGAAAUAUUCCAAACAAAGUUAGCUAUCAGGAUUGUAUACCACCCAAUUCAGGAUAUCAAAAUGAUCAGCCUCAAAAUGAUGUUGAUAACAGAUCUAAUCUUCAUGAUACUGUUAAUAAGUUUAACAAAGAUGGUAAAGGUUCUAGUCGCCAUGUCUUGAUGUUACAACAACAGCUUUAUCAAGAGGAUCAACAACAACAGGAUUAUCACGGCAGAAAACAAUAUAACUACCAUGGCCAUUCUUACAGUCCACCACCAUAUCCUACACCUUGGAGUACAUAUGAUUAUCAUGAACCUCAGCAUGACAUGACAUUUGAUUCAUCCUAUCCUACUUAUCAACAUUUUGGUGGAAAUAAUUACGACUAUCGUCCAUUUUCAUAUAGUCAGAAUAAUAGUUAUAAUAAUAAUCCAUAUGGAUGUUAUCGUAACAAUUCGUGGAAUCAGUAUAAUAGUAACCCGUAUAGAAACCAGAGACCUGGUACCAGUCCACCAGCCCCUAACUGUCAAACUAUGUGUUCUACUGUAGUUCAACAAAAAUGGUCCCAUAGAUGUAGCCCUUAUGACAUGGUAGAGGAAGGACCAGCAAUGCAAAGGCAGUCACCAAUGAACAUGUUUAGACCCAUCACACCAUCACCAGUCCCUGGGGCUUGUAGUAGUCCAGCAAUGGAUGAUGAAGAGCUUGAAUGGGAGGGUUUUGUUGGUCCAGUAGAAUUGUUGGUUUCCAAUCUUGAUUAUAACAUCAGUGCUAAGGAAUGGAGAAAGAUUCUGUUCACAACCUUUCAUCCUCAUGUUAGGGUUUUAAAUGUACAUGUAAAGACUCAACCAGACAACACAAGUAUUGGUAUGGUUAAAGUACCAAACAUUGAGGAGGCCAGAUUUGCUAUAUCACAGUUCCACAGAAAGAAAAUAGGUUACAAAAGAAUCCAUGUCACUCUGAAACAAGAGGAAACACAGAGACCAGCCAGCAGUACAAGAGCAGAAGCUAUUGCCUUGCUAUCAGAGGCUAAAGACAAUUUUCUUCCAUUGUUUAAAUUUAUUGAACUGUUUGAUAAAAGAUAUCACAGAACUAUAAGUGUUUCAGAGUUGUAUAAAAUGAGAGAUACACUAGAGAUAAGAGAGCUGAGUGGAACUAGGAUGGUACAUCUUGUAUGUAAUUCCCCAUACCAAUCUGAACCAACUAUCAUAACUAAUUCUGAACAGGAUAUGUAUUAUCAACACAAUAUAUUAAGCAUGAACCAGAUUCCUGAGGUAUUAGAACAGCCAGCAUGUCCCAUCCAUUGUCCUGAAGGUAGUAUUAUGUAUGCUGAAGCUGUCAAUAACUGUAUGUUACCUAAUGUUAUGAUGACGAUUAAAAUGUUUGGUCCUCAAGUCCAUUCCUUACUGCAAUCACAUGAUGGAAAUAUGCCUUUAAUGAGCUUUGCAAUAUGCUUUAGUGCAGAAUUUGGAUGUCUCCCUAUUGUUGGUGAUAAUGGUAUACCCUUAGAACAUCUGAUUAGCUGUGUUCAGGGUAUACAAAUCCAGGUUUCACUAUCGGGUGUAAAGAAGGUUCAAUGGGCUGAAAACAAACCUUUAUCUCCUCCAGAUUCUCCAACAGGUGGUAGUAAUCCAUUAUUAAGUCAACAAUUGAACCAGUUUAGUAAAGAGAUGAUAGAACUAUUAAAGUCCUGUCCUAAAUGUAGAAUGCCAUUUACCAAGUUUAUACCAUCCUACCAUCAUUUCUUCAACAAACAGUGUCGGGUGGCUGAUUAUGGUUACACUAGACUCAAAGAUUUGUUUGAUGCAGUUCCUCAUGUUCUUCAGGUUCUUGGAACUGGUGAGAGAAAAGUUUUGACAUUAAGUCAUCGUGCCCAGAUUAAAAGAUUUACUGCCGACUUGCAGAAAAUAGUGAAAGCUCAGUAUGGUAAACAGUUGAAGCUCAGUUCCUUCACAGAUAACUAUACUUUGGUAAUGAACAAAGAUUUCGAUGCCCUUGAUUAUGGAAUGGCAUGUGUUGAAGAUUUACUCAAUGAUGUUUCUCCAAUCUCAGUUAUAGUUUUACAAGAAGAUACAGAUACUAUCAUUGCUAUUCCAAGAAAAGAUCAGACACCAGAAGAAAUAGAAAGGACUAAAGAGUUUUCCCUGGAGGUAGUGGAUUUAUUGAAACAUAAUCCUCGGUGUAGAAUGCCUUUCAAUAAGUUUAUACCAUCAUUUCAUCACCAUUUCGGUCGGCAGUGUCGAGUCUCAGAUUAUGGAUUUACCAAGUUACUGGACUUGUUUGAAGCUAUACCACAUAUUGUAGAUAUUGAAGAAGAUGGAGAAGAGAGGCUGAUACAUUUAACAGAAUCUGAGCUGAGAAAAGUUUUAGCAGAUCAGAUUGUUGAAUUAUUGAGAGCCCAGAAGAAUCAUUGUCUGGCAUUGCAUCAUCUUAUGUCAGCUUUUACUUGCCAUUUCGGUUUUAACAUUCCACUACAUGAUUUUUAUGUAAACUCUGAGGAAGAACUUGUCCAGAAGCUUAAACAUGUAGUGAGAAUUGAUAUGAUAAAUAGAUGUAAGUAUAUUCGCCUGUUAGAUCGACAGGGGACACCUGAAUUGGCUAGACAAGUGUUACAGCUAUUGAUGGAUCAAAGCAGUGGUUCUCUCCCCUUGAUGGAACUUUUGAGUAGAUAUAAAUCUAUUUUUGGUAAAGAAUGUGAUAUCAGACAGCUGAAAGAUGAACUUUUAGAUUAUGUUCAGAUAAAGGGGGAUGAUGAGUCUGGAAUCAUCAGUCUAACUUCACUCCAGGUGUUUGCUAGAGAUGUCAGGGUUCUACUACAGAAUGGUCUACAGGUUUAUGUUUCUGAUUUCGAGAGGGUCUACAAGGAUCAGUUUGGUGUAGAACUAAAGCCUGCCUUGUUUGGUUAUACAUCAGUAGAGACUCUUCUAGAAGCUAUCCCACAUGUUGUCCAGUUCCAGGGUAAAACUCCCAGAAGAUAUGUAGAACUUUCUCAUGAUCUAGAUGGAAAUACUUUGUCUUCAACAGACCCAAAAUCUAUCAGUCCUCUCCUACUGCUGAGUAAUAGUCCAACUAAUGAAUCAGAAAGAAUAAAGAAACUGCUGCCUUCGAGAGUAGAUUUAUUGAAUGAACCAGUUCCAUCAUCAGUACCUUCACCAGAUCUUCAUCCUAAAGAACAAUCACCAAGGGAUCUCAUCUCUUUUGACUUAAGUACAUAUUCAGAUCUUGCUGAUCAGUUAUGGCGGUUGAGUGAAGAGGAGAAAACUGGACAGAAGACCCCACUUUGUAUGACACCAACUUCAGAACUUUUACAGUUAGCAGCAAAAUGUCUAGUCAAUCGUCCACCAGAUGUAAAAAAUGACACCCAGAAGUCUGAAAGUAUCACAGAUAUUAUUAAAAAUGGCUGGUGGAAGAUUGUAAAAUCACAAGAGACCCAAGACAAUUCUUCAGAAACUGAAACACCAAAACAAGAAACCACCAUUAAAUCAACUGAUACUAUUGGCAAGAGUUUAUUUGAACAAAUUUUCAACAGAAGUUCAACUGAUGUUCAGAAAGAUAUUGCCAAGGAAGAAGCAACAAGGUCCUCGGACUAUAGAAAGAAAACGAUGAUCCAUAGUCCUCUGCAAGAUACACUACUGUCACAUGACGAGUUGGCUCUCACCAAAUUAAAACAAGCAGGUAUAGAUAUGGAAUCUCAGACAAAGAAAGAAUGUGUUAGUAAAGACUCUAUAUCAUAUGAGACCAUGUUUAGAAGAGAUUUUCCUAUAGAAACCAGCUCCAUUAAAUCUGACACUAGUACACUUAGCGAUGUUUCACAAGAUUCUCCAAAGAAAUCUCCAAGGAAACCAAGACUGGCUGCAAAAUUUGAUAUACCUAUAGAUGGUAGUCAUUAAUACAAUUGUAUUCUAGUAGUAAUACAAGAGAUAUUAGUGAUAAAAUAUUCAAGUUUGCUUGUUCAAAAUCAUUAACAUUAUAAUAAUGUUUAAGAGUAGUGUAAAUUAUAUCAUAAUGAAUUAAAUAAAUUUAUUUCUUAUACUGGUAACAAAGUAGUUCUCAUCAAGUAGCGAUUCUCACAUACAUAAAUUAUUUUUUUAAACUUUGUCUUCAUUCAGUAUCCAGAACUGUAGCUUGACUUGUCAUCUAUCAUUUCAAUGUUUUACUUAAAACUUAUGGCACUUAUUUCUUGGGUAAAUAGAUAAACUAAAUAGAAUUGCUACUUGGGGAUGAUACAGUGGUGUGAAUUUUCAUUAACUCAUAAAAGACUCAUAUUAUUUUUGAAUUGUGUAUUAAUAGAUAUUUUAUAAUGCAAAAAAAUUAGCUCUGUUGUAUCCCAUAGGUUUUUUUUUUACUUUCAAAUAAACUCUUUAAAUUUCUUAGUUUAAUAUUUUUGAAAAUAUCAAUGCGUGAUGAAUUUACUUUAUUUUUUCCUGUCAGAUUCAUAUUUAAAACAUGUUAAUUUUCAGAUAUCUUUUCUGGUCAAAGUUUAUGUGAGAUAUUCAUUUCUUGUCAAAGUUUAUGUAAGAAAUUGUUGAUGCACAUCACUUAAAUCUAUAAAGAUAUUACUUGGAAAGGACAAAAAUUCUAACGAAUAAAAUUGAUCACAAGAUUGCUGAAAUUUUCCUAACUUAAAAGUGAAAUACCAAUGGGAUAUUUAUUAUCGGAAUAUUGUGUUUAUGUUGAUGUGAUAUUUAUGACGGUAGUGUUCUUUGUAUGUUUUGUGUUUAUUGUCUUUCGUUAGUGUCAUUCUGUAUGUUUAGUUUGUACAUUUUGAUGUAUGGGAAUUUUAACUAUGCAUCAAUUGAUUUGUCAGAAUAUGCAGCUACAUCAUAUGCAAGGUAUACAGAUAGAUACAUAUUGUUUUAUACAUCCUUUCAUCUUUUCCACUUUGUGGUAACAACUCAGAAAAACUGUUUGAAAAAAAAAACAUUUGAGAAACAAUUCACAACUAGUAUGUUCACAAGUCUUACUGAUUUGUUGAACUUGGGUUGAUAAUGAUUACACUUCAAUAAUUUGUAUGUCUAUUUUUUCAAAUAAACCGUCUCAAUAAUCAGA